CAGAUUCGUCACUGAACCAUCAAGUUCCAUCACCUCAAUAUCUAACCCGACUCAAUUGGUCCUUCAAGAUGGCUUUCUUUAACCUGGUCUGUUUGGCACUUUUGGUUUCUGCAAAUGCAGCCAGUUAUGGAAAGCGUCCGACUCCAGAAAUGGGUAACUUGAUGGGAUCAAUGAUGGAGAAUGGAAACGCAGGCAUGAACAAUGGAAACGCAGGCAUGAACAAUGGAAUGAACGGCAUGAACAAUGGCAUGAAAAUGAUGACCAUGGACAUGGCCAACAGCAAAGGAAUGGAUAAAAUGACUGUACCAAUGCCAGAGCCCAUGAACAUGGGAAAUAACAACAAUAUGGACAUGAUGCCCAUGCCCAUGAAUAUGGAAAAUAACAAAGGAACCGAAAUGAUGCCAAUGCCCAUGAAUAUGGGUAAUAACAAUGCAAUGAACAUGAUGAAUAUGGAAAAUAACAUGAAUGAAAUGAAACCUGUUAACAUGCCUAAUGGAAAAGAAAUGAACAUGCCAAUGAAUAUGAAUGCCAUUAACAACAUGAUGAAUAUGAAAAAAGCAAUGGAUAUUGGCAACAUGAUGAAUGACAUGAUGAACAUGAAGAAGGCAAUGGAAAUGGGUAAAGCAAUGAAGAACGCUAUGGAAAUGGCUAAAAUGAUGGAGAUGGCUAAUGCUGUGAACAUGAUGAAAAAUAGUAUGGAUAUGAUGAAUAUGGACACGAUGAACAACAUGAACAUGGAUAAUAAACCAAUGGAAAUGAACAUGAAUAAUGUCAUGGACAUGAUGAACAUGAUGCCCAAUGAUAAAAUGGAUAUGAUGAACGCAAUGCCAAUGAACAAAAACGCAAUGAACAUGAACAACGGCCCUGACAUGAUGAACGCAAUGCCAAUGAACAAAAACGCAAUAAACAUGAACAACGGCCCUGACAUGAUGAACGCUAUGCCCAUGAACAAAAAUGCAAUGAACAUGAACAACGUAAUGGACAUGAUGAACGCUAUGUCAAUGGAUAAAAAUGCAAUGAAUAUGAACAACGGCCCUGACAUGAUGAACGCUAUGCCCAUGAACAAAAACGCAAUGAAUAUGAACAACGGCCCUGAAAUGAUGAAUGAAAUGCCCAUGAAUGCAAUGAACAUGAACAACGUAAUGGACAUGAUGAACGCUAUGUCAAUGAACAAAAACGCAAUGAACAUGAACAACGGCCCUGACAUGAUGAAUGCAAUGUCCAUGAAUAAAAAUGCAAUGAACAUGAUGAACGCAAUGUCCAUGAACAAAAAUGAAAUGAACAUGAACAACGGCCCUGACAUGAUGAAUGCAAUGAAUAUGAAUAAAAACGCAAUGAACAUGAAAAACGUAAUGGAUAUGAUGAACGCAAUGCCCAUGAAUAAAAACGCAAUGAACAUGAACAACGGCCCUGACAUGAUGAACGCUAUGCCCAUGAAUAAAAAUGCAAUGAACAUGAACAACGUAAUGGAUAUGAUGAACGCAAUGCCUAUGAAUAAAAACGCAAUGAACAUGAACAACAACAUGAACAUGAUGAACGCUAUGCCCAUGGAUAAGAACGCAAUGAACAUGAACAAAAUGAUGCCUCCUUCACCAAAAUACAUUUAAACUUUUAAAAUUUUGAGGGAUUCAGGAAGAAACAGACUGGAAAACAAGGAUUUUUUCGUCUUUCGUUUCCCAUGUAAUUCCCAGGAAAUGGCUCUACUGAAUGCAGGGAUGUAACUUAUAUUGCAAAUAAAACGUAAAAAUCAUG